AUGGCUGAUGCUGACGCGGGCUCUACCAUGGCCGAAGAAGGCAAGCCUGACGCGAAAACUGUCCAGGUGCUGCGGGACAUGGCCAAUCGUCUGCGCAUCCACUCCAUCAGGGCCACGUGCGCCUCGAGCUUCGGCCACCCCACAUCAUGCAGCAGUGGUGCUGAGAUCAUGUCUGUGCUGUUCUUCUACGUCAUGAGAUAUAAACAAGCAGAGCCAGAGAACCCAGACAAUGAUCGAUUCAUCCUCUCCAAGAGACUGUCAUUUGUUGAUGUGGCAACCGGAUGGCUUGGACAAGGACUCGGAGCUGCAUGUGGAAUGGCGUAUACUGGCAAGUACUUUGACAGGGCCAGCUACCGGGUGUACUGCCUCGUGGGAGAUGGUGAGUCUUCAGAAGGCUCUGUCUGGGAAGCGUUGGCCUUCGCUUCCCACUACAGUCUGGACAACCUUGUGGCCAUCUUCGAUGUGAACCGCGUAGGCCACAGUGGCGUCUUGCCCCUUGAGAACUGCAUAGACGUCUAUCAGAAGCGCUGUGAAGCCUUUGGGUGGAAUACUUACGUGGUGGAUGGCCGUGAUGUAGAGGCACUGUGUCAAGUGUUCUGGCAAGCCACUCAAGUGAAGAACAAGCCCACAGCUAUAGUUGCCAAGACUUUCAAGGGCCGGGGCACUCCAAGUGUCGAAGAUGCAGAAAGUUGGCAUGGAAAGCCAAUGCCAAAGGAAAGAGCAGAUGCAAUUAUCAAACUGAUUGAGAGCCAGAUACAGACCACCAGGAAUCUCGAACCAAAACCCCCUAUUGAAGACUCACCUCAGAUCAACAUCACGGACAUAGAGAUGGCCUCUCCACCAGCUUACGAAGUCGGUGACAGGGUAGCUACUCGCAAAGCAUGCGGUUUGGCUCUGGCUAAGCUGGGCCAUGCAAAUGAUAGAGUUGUUGUGCUGGACAGCGACAGCAAGAUCUCCACCUUCUCUGAGAUAUUCAAGAAGGAGCACCCUGAGCGUUUCAUCGAGUGUUUUAUUGCUGAGCAAAACAUGGUGAGCGUGGCCCUGGGAUGCACCGACCGUGGUCGAACCAUUGCUUUCGCUAGCACCUUUGCUGCCUAUUUGACCCGAGCGUUUGAUCAGAUCCGGAUGGGAGCCAUGUUUCAAGCCAGCAUCAACCUUAUUGGGUCCCACGGCGGGGUAUCCAUUGGUGAAGACAGCCCCUCCCAGAUGGCCUUGGAGGAUCUGGCCAUGUUCCGAGCAAUUCCCAACUGCACCGUUUUCUAUCCAAGUGAUGCCGUCUCGACCGAGUAUGCUGUGUUCCUGGCAGCUAAUACCAAGGGGGUGUGCUACAUUCGGACCAGCCGUCCAGAAACUGCUGUUAUUUACAACCCACGAGAAAACUUUAGGAUUGGACAGGCCAAGAUCGUCCGCCAGAGUGUCGACGACAAGGUCACAGUCAUUGGAGCUGGAGUUACUCUGCAUGAAGUCUUAGCGGCUGCUGAGAAUCUUUCCCAGGAAGGUAUUUCUAUUCGUGUCAUCGACCUAUUUACUGUUAAACCCCUGGAUGCUGCCACCAUCAUCUCCAGUGCAAAAUGCACAGGUGGCCGGAUUAUCACAGUGGAGGAUCACCACCCAGAAGGUGGCAUCGGAGAGGCCGUCUCUGCAGCUGUUUCCAUGGAGCCUGACAUCCUAGUCUACCAACUGUCAGUGCCAGGAGUGCCACGGUGUGGGCAGUCGGGUGACCUGCUAGAUGUGUUUGGAAUUAGUGCUAGACACAUUGUAGUGACUGUGAAAUGUAUUUUGGUUAACUAA